GGAAGUGCGGAGAUAAUGCUGUUGAGAAAUGUGGAGCGGUUUAGAAAUAUAUUUACUGGUUCUGUAGUAAGUCUAGGUUUGUUGCGUUGUCGCUUGUUGUAUCAUACAACUAUUCGCGCUGGGAGCGUGAACAUUGUGUAGGCCUGGUUAUGUAUUUUCUAUACGGGCACGACUACUUUCGAAAGUAAAGAGACAACAACUCAAGUGCUUCUCUGAAUAAGUGAAGACCCAAAGUCAGUAACUCCUUUACUUGGAAGGUUAUGAAGGCAUUUAAGUUCCCAGCACGACAUGGCUAUUCAGUGGAGAUAUCACCGUUUAUUCCAACACGAUUGGCGUGUGCGACAUCCCAGUACUAUGGAAUUGCAGGUUGUGGAACACUACUUGUGCUAGAGCAGACUGAGACAGGUAUCACUCUUGUUAAAAGUUUGGACUGGAACGAUGGUUUGUUUGAUGUGACUUGGAGUGAGAGUAAUGAGCAUAUUCUGGUCACGGGGGGAGGAGAUGGGUCUCUGCAGGUCUGGGACACAGCCAACCCACAGCCCCGCCCUCUGCAGGUGCUCAAAGAGCACACCCAGGAGGUCUAUUCUGUUGACUGGAGUCAGACACGGGAGGAGAACCUGGUGGUGUCAGGCUCAUGGGAUGGCACCGCCAAAGUGUGGGAUCCCAGCUGCGGAGGCGUGUCACUCUGCACUCUCCAGGGUCAUGAAGGGGUCAUUUACAGCACGCUGUGGUCUCCUCACAUCCCAGGGUGCUUUGCUUCAGCAUCAGGGGACGGGACGCUGCGGGUGUGGGACGUGAAGAGUGGGAGGUGCCGACUGGCCAUCCCAGCCCACAGGGCAGAGGUUCUGAGCUGUGAUUGGUGCAAAUAUGAUCAGAACGUGGUGGUGACCGGAGCUGUGGACUGUAGCCUGUGUGUGUGGGACCUGCGAAACGUCCGCGAGCCUCUGUCCCGACUACUUGGUCAUUCCUACGCCAUACGACGAGUAAAGUUCUCUCCAUUCAACCAGACAGUGUUGGCGUCCUGUUCUUAUGACUUCACAGUCAGGUUCUGGGACUACUCCAGGAGGGAGCAGCCCCUGCUGGAGACCCUGGAGCACCACUCGGAGUUUGUCUGUGGCCUCGACUUCAACCUGCACAUCCCCAACCAGGUGGUCGAUUGCUCAUGGGACGAGACUGUGAAGAUCUACACACCUCCAUGCCUUGCUGCCCCAGCGUUGAGUGCCCCAUAGACUCUUAACUGCCCUGCCGCAAGGAACAGGAGGGAGGACUGCACGGCGGGGGAUUUCAAUCACAGUAGUGGCAUCUGCCAAAGCUUCAGUGCUGUAAAAAGGAGGCCUUGGGGACACGUCAUCAUAGCCCCGCACACACAACGGAGUCUGAAUGCUGAUAGGCUGGAGGGAUUCUUCCCGUUCUGUUAAUCUGUCGUAGAGAUGGCUGCUACUCAACGCAAAUGCACAUUUCAAAUGUGCGGGAUAUGAUGUUUGUACUUGUUUCUAGAAAAGAUGUGGUCGUAUAGUGAUAUUUUAUGGAUUAGUGUGAGGUUGGACCUUUUAAUUAAAUCACAUAAUUUUUUGGGAUUCACUACGGAUGAACUAACUUCACUAACAUGAACAAACCAGUCCACGUAUGCUCCCCAAUGCAUUUAGUGGGAAGGUGAAGCUAAACCACUAAUUAUGUUGUUAUAUUGCAGCACUGGCAGUUGUUUCAUUUGAGGAUACAAUACGGAAUAUCACCAUGUAUUUCAAGGCAUUUUCAUCUGAUUUACAUUUUAGAAAUAAAAGCGUUAUAGCUCAGCAGUUCCACGACAUGAUGGAAUUGUCCAUUCAUGUUUGCACAAAUUAAAUCAUAAAAUGUGCCAAAAGUUUAGUAUUACAUCCUAAAUUCCUAGCCUAGAAUUACUAUAUUUAAUUUAUUUUCCUUUUUUUGUUUUAGCCUGUAGAAACUGGAGAUUCAUUUUGAUGUUAGCAUGACUGUGGUUACUCCGUUAUGAAACAUUAUUAGUCAGAAAUGUAAUGAAACAAAGAUCAUAAAACCCCACCAAGUAUUAAGAAUUUGGGAUUUAACGUUUACCUUUUUAUUCCAAAUGUAUAUGUAGGUAAAUGGAGCUUAACACAGAUUUAUGAUCUUGUCAGACUUUCUAUUGUAUUGGAAUGCUCUUUCUAAAAAUAUUAAAGUAAUGAAUGUGACUGAAGGUUCUCUGUGUUCUGGAAGGAAAGUAGGGGAAAUAUCCCUAAUUUAUCCUUAAACAAUGCCAGCCUUGUUUUUGCUUAAUGCAUGAAUUACAAUGCUGAGGCCUUUCAAUUGUGAAUUUUCAUAAUAAAAGUGUCUGGAACUCGU